AUGACACGACGAACAAGUAAUCGGAUUCGGAAGAUGAAACGAACGUACAGUCCAUCCGCUGAUGAUAACAAUUCACUUAAUAUUCCAUCUACCUCGAGAAAAAUUCGAGAACCUUGCAGUAUUUCCCUGGACAACUCAAAAUCAUUAUCUAAUUUAAGCUCUAAAAGGGUUGUGAAUGAUGAGGAACAUGGUAGUAUAACACUAAAUCAUGACUCUUUUUGGAAUUUUGCUACUACAUUGAGUUAUCCGAUCUUGCGUGACAAAGUCGCUAAUGAUAAGGUGAUUACAUUAUUACUGAAAGAAGUUUCCAAAGCAAUUCGUCAAUUAAUUCUUGGAGCGAAACUUGUUAUGCAAAAAGCCGGACGACAAAAACUUUUGUUCGAUGAUUUAAACACAUUCAUCGAAAUGAAAGGUGGAAAGUUGCUCUUUGGUUUCACAGAAGAUAAUAAAUGGAAAAAGAUCGGUGAUGUAUUUGUGCCUGAUGAUGAAGUUAUUGACUUGAGGUUCUGCUCCCCAAGUGUUAAGUUGGAAACACUUAGCGGCAAGUAA